GAAUCCCGCUUAUAGAAACGCGGCUGCCGGCUUGACGCGUUUUAUAUGUUACGAGAAGUGAUUUUUAAUUUCUUGUGUUUCGGAAAUAAUAAAGUGCAGAAUUAAAAAAUGGAAGAACGUAAAAUGGCUUGGGUACCUUUAGAAUCAAAUCCCGAGGUUAUGACAAAGUUGUGUCAUAAACUUGGUGUACCAACGAAAUGGAAUAUCGUCGAUGUCUACGGUUUGGAACCAGAUUUAUUGGCUAUUCUGACAAAACCAGUUCUAGCCAUGAUUUUAUUAUAUCCACUUUCGGACCAGGAAAAAGAUCGUGGAUUAAAGGAGGAUAGUGAAACGAGAGAAAGUUCAACAGUUUCACCCGAUGUUUAUUUUUUGAAACAAUUCAUUUCGAAUGCUUGUGGAACAAUUGCUUUGAUUCACAGUUUGGCGAAUAAUGCCGAAAAACUAGAACUAGAAGACGGAUUUUUAAAAUCGUUUAUAGAGGAAACGAAAGAUUUAUCGCCAUUUGAACGCGGAGAUCGUUUAAUGCAAGCUGGAGACAUUGCCGAUACUCACAAAGAAUUGGCUCAAGAGGGUCAGACUGAGGCGCCCAAUGAAAAUGCAAGAGUUUAUCAUCACUUUGUGGCAUUCAUAGAAAAAGAUGGCCACAUUUACGAAUUGGACGGACGAAGAGACGGUCCUAUCAACCACGGGGUUUCUAGUCCCUCUACAUUUUUAGAGGACGCUGCGCGUGUUUGCAAAGAGUAUAUGCAACGGAAUCCAGACGAAAUGGGUUUUACGAUGGUUGCACUUACACCAGAUUAAAAAAAAGGAAAUCUAUUUAUAUAUUAUAUAUAAAUAAAUAUAUAUGAACUACUCUGGGACUAUUGCAAAAAUAAAGUACUUUAAGUUUUGCAAAAACAAAUAUUUUUUAUACUGUUAACAAAAAUGUUACACAAAUCUUUUUUUUUCUCAUCAAAUAAUGUAAUUUUGCUUUCUGCAAAUAAAAAACUUUGCAUUUAUAAA